AUGGAUUCCCAGAAGAAGGACUUUGGCCUUCCAGGCACAUGGAUCCUCCUGUACUUUGGAGUCAUGGGGCUGUGUUCUGUGCUAACUGUCUGCUGCAUGGUGUUUCUUCAUUGGAGGAAGAAGGUGCGGCGGGAGAGGCGUGCCCAGCAGUGGGCGGAGGUGAUGAAGGCUGCCAGCUUCACUUACUGUCCACACUUAUAUUGGAUGAACAAGAAGCAGCUCUGUGGUUUGAAUGCAGCUAUCAGCAUAGCCCCUCCUAAGGCCGUUACCAACUCUGAUUUUAAAGUGGAGACUCUGGAUUCAAUGUGCGAGUCAGACACCUCUGAAGGCGAGGGUUAUGCCUCCAAAGGAAGCAGCUCCCCCGCAGAGUCCCCUGUUCUGCAUCAAACUGCUCUGGUGGUCCCAGAGCAGCCCCUAUCUAUUCGGAUGCCACAGCGCUGGGUCAGAUCCCCACUCCCCAUUCCCACCUUUCAGGAGACCCAUUACCCUACGCCUCUGCAACCUAGCUCCCCAGCUGAACCACUCUGCCUCCUACCCGUUGGACAUCUGCCCUCAAAGGAACGUCCAUUUCUAUUCCCUUCCCAUGCUGGACUAUGGGGAGAACUGUUUCAAUGA